UACUUCCGCCGCGAGCACUGGCUCACUCUGGGAUUUGUAGUUUACUCUGCUCCGCUUUUCCGAUCUCCUUUACGAAUCGUCGCCGGACAGAAACUUUACAAUGAAACCCAAAACGGUUCGCUGUUUUCUGAAACAAACCAAACCAACCCAAACGACCUGCUUUUCUUGUAGGGUGGAAAAAGUCGAAAUCCUCUUUAUUCGUGUACUACAAUAACCAAUGUCUCCCCAAAUGAAGGCGAAGCAGUGUAAACACAACUCCAGGAACAUGAAAAGAUCGGGUGACAGUGAGGGGGAGAAGAAAACAAAGAGGCGUAGGCUAUUAAGGGAGUUGGGAGACCACAAAAUCCCCUAUCUGGGGCCUUCAAGUCGAGGCUUUCAACAACUGUGGGAUUCCAGUUAUUCCGGCCUGGUGUUCCGGAGAUCAUGCUCAUUGCCUACUGAGCUCCACUGCCGGGUGCAAGCUGCUCUUCUCACCCUCAGAAGGAAAGGCUGCCUCCUGAAGGAUCUGGUCCGUGUCCGUGAGCGCGAUGUGUUCACCGCCGUGUCGAGAGCGUUGUUUGGAGAGCCGGGACACACCUACCGUUACCUGGAGACCCGGUUAUUUGCUCUCCCUUGGCACAGUGAGGACAGCGAGGUCAAAGGACACAACUGUUGUGACCCUGAUUUAAGAGCUGCCUGCAAAGCAUUAUGGGAGCUUAACAACUUUUUCUGCUCAGAUGUGUCCCAACUAAAAGAAGGUGACAAGCUAACACAAUGCGUGAAGGCAGAGGCGAAACUGGGUGAAGAGAUAGACACAGAGUCUAAACACAGUGAAGACUCCAAGAACAGUGAUGGAGGGGACUCUGAGUCCAGGCAGAGUGAGGAGGGGGACACAGAGUCCAAGCACAGCGAGGAGUGGGACAUUGAGUCAAAGCACAGCGAUGAAGGCUGCUCUGUUUCAAAACAAGGAGAUUGGGAGGCAGAGCUCAAACCUGGCAGUGAGGAGGGAGAGAGCUCAAAAGUCAAACAAAGUGAAACCAGCACUGCACCAGUUUCAGAACACAGAGAAGGAAAAUGCCCCAGUUGGGCAGAUGAACCUAUCAGUGGGAAAGAAAUGAAACGUGUGGAAAUCGAGGCUCAGGAGAGGCCUGUGGCGCAGCUCAAGCACAGCCUUUCAGAUUACCACAUUCAGGAUGUAGAGGAUCCUGUAAGUGGGCAGGGCUGUUCUCAGUUGACUCCCCCGCAGGUGUGCACUGGUCCAGCCAAGUUUAAUGUCACCUUACUGAACUACAUGGACCCAGCAAAGACGAGCCAUCUCAAAGAGGAGCCAUACUACGGCAUGGGGAAAAUGGCAGUUGGAUGGCACCAUGAUGAGAACCUGAUCUCUAAUUCGCCAGUGGCUGUUUACAAUUAUAGUUAUCAUAACGACAAAGGGGAGAGCAGUGAAGGAGGCACCGGCGAGAAAACGUGCUGGAGGAUUGGGCUGAAGGUAGCCUGGGACAUCCACACACCUGGCCUGAUGGUGCCGCUGGAGUCUGGAGACUGCUACUACAUGAGAGAUAACCUGAACAGCACCCACCAGCAUUGUGUCCUGGCUGGAGAAACUGCACGCUUCAGCUCCACACACAGAGUGGCCGAGUGUUCCCGUGGAACUCUGACCUACAUCCAGUCCCGAUGCCAGGAGGCCCUCUCCAAUCUACAAACAGACCCGGAGACAGGAUCCCACAGCCUGCUGACCGUGCAGCCUAUAACUCUACAGAACUGUGAGGAGAUCCACAAUGAGGUGGAGUUCGAAUGGCUGCGACAGUACUGGUUUCAGGGCCAGCGUUACACACGCUUCUGCAGCUGGUGGAGCGGACCGAUGGAGCAGCUGGAGAAAGACUGGAGGCUCAUGGAGAAGAUGACUAAGCUUUUCCUGGCCACAGUGGAGGAGGAAGGCCAAGAGGGGGAGGGAAGAAGGGAAAUGGCAGAAACCCUGCUGUCUGCCUUGACGGACAGACACCAGCAAAGACAGACAUGGAGAGACAGGUGCCACUCCAGUUUGGCCCAGACGUUACCCCCCGAGGAGGCCCCAGUGGACCGGCCCUUCUGGGGAGUGGAUGACCCCAGCAUGCCUCUGCCCUUUGAUCUGGCUGACAUCAUCAACAAAGUGGAGUCUCUGCUCUGGAGAAUGUAAAAAAAAUGGGCAGAAGACACGAAGAACAGGACGAGAAAAAUAAACCCACCAGCUUUCCUGAAUGGCCCCCCACAACAGCUGAGGGGGGGCAGCAGAUUCAAACGAGGUGGAUUACAUUACGAUUGCCGCAUCAGUACCACACACCCCAACCCAACCCACAUCCACUCCCCCAGUUGACCCCUGCCCCCCCCCCCACAAAGUUGGCAGCCAGGACAGCAGAGCCCCACCCUAGGUUCACCAUAGUGCUUCAUUACCACGCUAGCAAGUGCAAAGCUUCGCACCAAGCUCUUAGUCAGAGACCUCUAAGGAAAACAUAGAAGGAACCUGCAUUUCAGUGUUAGCGUACAUUGCGUAACUAUUUAUUAUUUCUGUGUACACUUAAUCUCAUGUAACCCGGACACGCUUUUAUCUAUUGAUUGACUCGUUCUCAGUAGUUCAGCUCAUACAGAUAUUCUCUCUACUUGUCGCACAGUGUUAUGAUAUGGUAGAAUGGUAAGGAAACUCCCUUUGCUCUCAUAGUAUUGCAUACUUCACUUGUGUAUAGUGGAACCUCCCACCCCCCCUUUCAUUGUGCUCAAAAAUGGAAGAAGCCUGAAGAGACCAAAGAAUGAAAAUGAUAAGAAAGUUAUGAAUGUCACUGGUCGGAAAACACGAAGAAGGUGUUGUUUAGGGUGCAGUGGUGUGCUUGUGCCAUAGAGAUGUGAGAACAUGUGUUUCUGUGCAAAUAUCCGUGUGAAUAUACGUUGAUCAGUCGGUGGCUCGCUCUCCCACAAGAAGUGUGGAUGAAUGUGAUAGUGCGUGUGAGCCUGCGGGCUGCCUGCCAGUUGUUUGUUCUCGAAUUUGUGCACACGGAGAAACGGAGUCUCGACGCAGAGCUCCCUCUGCUUCUGCUCUGAUGAAAGGCGGCACUGAUAGAAUGACCCGGAACACAACCGCCGUUUCUCAUAAUUACAGCUGUUCAAUCGCUUUUAAUUACUCUUAAAGCGUGUAGAGCACCACAUUCCCCUGUAAUGCUGCGGGCCAUCCGAGGGAGCGAGAGAAAGAUCCGGCGCUUCUGACAAAAUCCACUUUCAAAAACAGCUAAAGAGGGCGGAAAAGGAGGCCGACGUCAAAGCAGUGUAGCAGCCUCUCGUUUGAUUUUUCUCUCUCAAUCUAGUUCAUGAUGAAGUUGAGACGCUGUUUACUAUUAAAAAUGCAGAAUGCACUCCUUUUUUUACUUCUUAAGUUUUUUCCAAGAUGUUAAUAGUUGCCAAAUGCUGUUUUUUCUUGCGUCUCUUUUUCUUUGCGCCUUUGUUGUUUGUAUUUGUCAAAGAUUUGUUUGUAGAUCGGCAGUAGUGUUGACUUGUUUGAAUCACUCUGUGCUCCCUGUGCCUCAGCUUGUCUGUUUGAAGCAAUAGGAAUGGCAGUAAAUAAAAAAAACAUUGUGUUUUAUCCAA